GUCUCAAAAGUGGUGCAAGGACUACCUCUCAUUACCCCGGCGCUUACAAAACGUUAAUCCUUGCAGUUCGCGCUCACGAGUAAUUAAUAAACUAGAACAAUCAGAACGACCAAAGGGGCCGAUAAAUGCAGUCGACUACACGAUGCCUGGAGGCAACCAAGCUAAGCAAGGCUGAGAAGAAACAUACCUCUUCUUUCAAACAGUCCAGGUGUAAUUAUAGCUCGUGGCGGGCUUUCGUGAUAAUAUGAUUAUCUAUAGCCAUGGAAAAAGGAAUUGAAAGUAGGAGAGAAAACAAAAAAGUGUCGCUCACUUCGUAGGCCAUCGCAUGCGUCGUGCGGAAGUCAUGAGUUGGGCUUCCACCGGCGACAGGGUUUGUAUUUCCUGCACCCGCAGGCUCAAAGUACGUUAUCUGAUGCCGCAGAGCGUUACGUAGAUUAUUCCUCGGCAAGCGACUCAAGAUAGCAUUUCAUGCCGGAACGUAUGUACUGUGCGUAUAAUCGUGGCGUCGCCUUGUACCGACUGAGAGCUCCGGCACUUUGCGGCUGCCGCCUUACGCCUUUGUUUCCGAAAUCGUUUUGCCAUCAGUCGCACGUCUGACAUGCGGUCAAUGCGUGCUAAGGAACGUUAAACAUGCCGCGUCGAACAAGUCUUGUGCGUUAGGCCGUUUUGGACAUCAGCUAACGUGGAAUACGGCGCUAAUAUAUCCGCGCCAUUCUUCGGAAGCGUAUUCGGCGAUCAUGUUACGUCGUACACGAAAGGUCAAGAGCUGAAUGCAGCACCACACCGUGAAUCCCAGCUACCCAAGUUUACUGUGCAAUCCACUGCCAGAGCAACACAGUGAUUCUUUCAGCUUAUAAUCGGCGAACAGUACAGCCUGUUUUGGACAGAAGCAGCUUUCGGAGCAAAUUGGAACGUUAGCAUACUGAACAAGGUGCAUAAUGGUUCCGGAAAACUGACGAGCCCGUUCGAUGAGGGAUUCCUGCUUUGAAACCGUUCUACAACAGUCAGCUGAGCAGAGGUCUCCUCGGAGGAUCUCGUGAAGGGACAGCGCGCGGGCGUGCCGCUUGGCCCCUGUCGAAGGGGGCCGGAGCGGCGUCCCGUCCCUGCGGGGGUCAAGCCGUCGCGCUGGUUGCGGCCGCCAUGAAGAGGGACGAGGACUCCGAGUCCGCGUCCCUGGUCGGCCGCGAGAACCCCGGAUCAUACACCGAGGAUGCCAGGCCGACACCGGCCAUCCGGGAGACCGACUACGUCGACACAGACGUGCCGCUCCUGUCGCAGUUCCACGAGGAUGCCAUUGCGCAGGCUGGUGAAGGCCUGUUCCAAUGGCUGGUGUUCUUGGUCUGUGGACUGGCGCUGGCCGCGGACUCCAUCGAGAUAAUGGUCAUCGCAUACGUGCUCCCGUCGGCCGAACGCGAGCUCUGCAUGGACGACGCACGGAAAGGAUGGCUCGGAGGCGUGUCCUUCAUAGGCAUGAUGAUCGGCGGCUUGCUGUGGGGCAAUCUGGCCGACAAGAUGGGUCGCCGGCGCACGUUGCUAUCGGCGCUGCUUACCAACGCGUUGUUCUCGGUCAUCACCACCUUUAUGCCUACCUACGGACUCUUCACCGUCACCAGGCUUUGCUCGGGCAUCGGCGUGGGUGGUUCUAUUCCCAUCGUAUUCACGUACUACGCCGAGUUCCUGCUGAAGAAACACCGUGGCCGCAAUCUCUGCUGGCUGCUUCUCUUCUGGGCCAUCGGCGGCGUCUUCGCGUCCGUGAUGGCCUGGGGACUCAUACCCAGAACAGGGGCUAACCUGCUCGGACUGGGAAGGCUUCACUUCAGCAGCUGGCGGGUCUUUCUGCUGAUCUGCUCGUUCCCGGCCAUCGUGUCCGUGUUGGGACUCGCCUUCCUGCCCGAGAGCCCGCGCUUCCUCCUAGAGAUGGGCCGUGACGUGGAGGCCAUGUGUGUUUACCAGCAAAUAUUUAAAAUGAACCACAGCAACAAGCCCGGAGUGGAAUAUCAGCUCUCCGAGCUGGAGCUGCCAGGGCGCAGGGCGUUUCACGGAAUUCCCCCCGCUGUCAACAGAACCAUGCUGUCCGACCUCUGUUUCUCCUUGGAAAGCUUUUGGAGUUCGUUUUUUCAGAUGAUCUGCACCCCAUUCACCAAGGUCACUCUGGUUCUUCUUGUUAUCUGGCUCACAACAUCGUUUGGGUUCUACGGCAUGGGCAUCUGGUUUCCAGAGUACCUGCGCAAGCUCCAGUCGGAAAGCUACAGCGCCGAGGCGACCAUCGAGGCGAACCACUUCAUCCGCGACUACAUCUUCAACUACUCGCUCGACAACACCAACUUCGAAGGAUGCGUCUUUCACAAUGUCCGCUUCACGGGCAUCGUGCUCAACCACGUGCUCUUCACCAACUGCUCUUUCAUAAACAGCACGUUUAGCGACGUGCGUUCGAGCCGCAGCUUCUUCGAGCAGUGCGACUUCCGGCGCGUGCGCUUCGUGGACACGGACUUCUACGACUUCCGGUUCCGCGACUGCGCCUUCCACAACAGUACCACGUUUCUUAACCGGCGCACGGGCUGCCCCAUCGACUUCGACGUCAACUUCCGCCUGUCGGACGUGUUCGUCGAGAACCUGUUCGCACAGCUGGCCAUCAUCCCGGGAAACAUCAUAUCCUCAUGCGUCAUCGACAGGAUCGGUCGCGUACGCACCUUAGGAAUCUCUCUCUUUCUCUCAAGUGCGAGCAUUCUGCUUGUGUGGCUGUCAAUGGCACGGUCCUCUGUGAUCACAUUUCAAGCCAUCUUCAACUUCGUUUCCAUUUCUGCGUGGAACGCAGUAGACGUCGCAACCACAGAAUCCUAUCCAGCCACACUCAGAAGCACGGCGUACGGCUUCCUGAGUGCGGCCAGCCGCCUGGCGGCACUCCUGGGCAGCCUGACUUUCGGCUAUUUCAUCAGCAUGAAUCGCUCAGUGCCCAUCCUGACCACAGCAGCAGUGCUGCUGGUCGGUUGUCUGGCAUCGUUGCGCUUGCCCGAGACCAGGGACGUGCUCAUGUGAGCGCCCUGAUGCACCUUCGAGACCGUGCCGGGCCCCCGCCCACGACGAUGAGAAGUCAAAGUAAAUGCCUGCAGCGCCUUCCUCCCCGCUCGUGCAAGAGGACGAGGUCAUGCAGCAGCCAAGCAACGUCCACUAACGACCGUGCAAACGACACAUGAACCUGGCCUACGAUCUGACCAGGGGUGGAGGUUCGUGCGGCAUAGCCGAGAAGCCUGAGGUGACGCGGUUCUUGCAAGGACAGUGCCCCCGGCCGUGACAAAGCGUAUUGAAGAAAGGCACAUUCAGUUAGCCUUCUUUCGUACGAUUAUUUAUUUAUUUAUUUAUUUAUUUAUUUACCUACUUCUGUGACCUUAUUUGCGCGUGAACUUGUCUACUGCGUCGUUCCGGUUUGCUCUCGGACUAUAGACCUAUCUGACGUCAAGAGAAGGUAACAGGAAUGAACAUUUUCCGACCACACCGGAAGCUCCGUCUGCAGCAAGUCCGGAUGCAUAGCACGAAUGGCUGAAGAAGCGGUCCGGCAUGUAUGCUCAACGCUGCGUGGUUGCAUAGACCGCAGCGAUCGGCAGUGUGUUGUGAUGAAGCGCAGAUUCGCGCGAUUUAGUCUGUGAUCCUCGAGCAGGCACAUCCUUGCACCGAGACGGUAGCUUUUCUCCAGCGAAAAAUGUAAGGCGCAGUGCCAGUCAGCUAGACGUGGAGGGUUUGGUCCCAGCGCUGCUGGAGCACGAUUAGCAGCCGCUUUCAUCACGUUGCUGUGGCGACAGCGCUACCCAUUACGUGUGUCUUUGCCUUCUAGGCUGAAACCAGACAAUAUAUAAGGUGCUGUUCUUUGAGCUUAAACCGGUGCACCGCGCUAUGACAGGUGACGAUCGCAGGAUGCUUUCUAAUAAUGGACCCGCUUGAACCCGCGCAUGGCACCACGUCAGCGCACGGCACUGGUCCAUCUAGAACUUAUAUUAAAGUCAAUGGCUAAAAGCAGUUUCUGAAUUUCGUAGCACUCACUUAUGCAUCAUGUGUCUUUCGUGACAAUAGGAAGGUUUAUGAAUAGCAGACGUUGCGGAACCACUCGGAUUUGCGUUCAAGAGAACCGAAGCCAUUUCCUUUUUUUAUUUUCUUUUUUAAUGGCCCAUGCUUAGUUCGGGUUUUGUGUGCGAACAGUACCAGCGACGCUAUUUCUUGGAUGAGCGAAUGUAGUGUACACUGGCCACCUUGUGUACACUAAUUCUCACACUUUCUAAGAGGAAUCGAGUUCGGCGCUGUACGGCACCUUUUCGUUACGCAUAGCGCACGAAGGACUCAUACGGAAGAGUGUGAAUUACGGCGCUUGAAUGGCUGCUUAUUCUUGCUAUCUUAUCAUGCACAUGUUCACGCUGAUGACAGAGAAGGUGUUCUCAGCCGCUAAGCUGUGAUCACGGGUGGAACUGCGGCCGCGACAAUAGAUAACGAUGAUGGCGCUGUAUAUGGCGCGCUGUCCGCUUGUGCGAUGUUCGCUCAGCUGCACUUUUUUGAUGUUGACCGCAGCGCGUCCGCUGCGUGAGCAAAUCGAUGGCCUCGACUUAGCGAACUUAGGAACGAAUGACACAAUAAAUGCUAUAUUUGCUCGUGUAAUACAAGUCCGCCGAUGAUGACAAGAUUCUACAGGCAGGUGUUGACGCAUGCCCUCAUUGCUCUUCCCGUAGAUACAAGUGGCAGUAGCAGAAUGUUUGUUGAGAUAUUUGUCUUUGAGAAGUGCUCGUUAUGAACGUGACUCGAGAUGCACUAAGAAAGGUGUCAUGUCUUGCUGUUUAGAGAUGUUACACUUACGUCACCUUGGUAACAGAUCCGAGAGGUGUUACGCACAAACUUGGGCCAAUCUUGAUGACAAAAAAAGAAAAGUGCGCGCGAUGUGUUAACAUUUUUAAUUCUAUUGGGCUGCCCAUAUUGUCACAAAGUGCUGAAUUAAGAUAUUUGUGAAAGAGACGGAGUAUAGCUAGGCAAAUAAUGCGUUCAGUGGGUAGCCACAAGACCCUACAGAAAAUGCGACGUUGAUGUCGAAUAGGACAUAUCUUUGAAGGAAGUUACAUAUCAUAGCGACGUAUACGACUGCGUGAGUCACGUCUAGCUUAGUCGAGAACCUCUUGACGCACUUCUUAUUUCGAUUAACUUACUCUCAAUUCAAUUGCCUACACCCUGCUCCACAGCAACGUGACAAUAGAGUAAAGGCACAGCUGGCAUCAGUGAAUCAGGUGCGUGAUCAUGCGAAGAAGCAUGACAUUGAUGUGUGUCCCCGUUAUAUAACAAAGUCUAAAACACUGUCUCAAGCUCAGCCUCUCGCGCCUGGGGAUACCUCUUAUCGUCUACUCUAGUGACAGUUUUUUUUUUUUUUUUAAUGGAUUAAGGCUACCAUUUUCCAGCAUAAGUUAGUCUCAACAUAAAAGAGUACGAGUGUGACAGAGAUAAAGAAAGGAUAAUGACACAAAUGCACUUCCUUCGUCCUUUUUUUUUUUAUGUCCUCUGUCUCGUUCACACUUUUUUUUCCUAUUACACCUUAACUAGUCCUGUUGGCAAUCCUUCUGCAACACCUUAAGGUCUACAGCUGAGAUAAGUUGAAAUGCUUUGGCACCUAUUGAAUCGCCAACAAUGAAAAUGUUUCCCUUAAGAGUGACGCUAUAAAGCAACUGCAAAUCCGAGCAUAACUUUCUUUCUACCCAAGUUUUCUAACCGUUCCCGCUGAAUACACCCUGCCGGGCGGACUGCUUGAUGGAACUCAUCCUCCAGCUGUUGUCCCACCCUUGGGAAUCCUCUCCUCAGCACAAGCUGUCACCGAAGUUCGCGACAGCAACAGCUAGGUCUGAGUAUGGCAAUAUGAGCUGUAAUGUUAUUACAAACGCUGUUGAAUAUCAAAGUUGUUGACAUACUGUUGUCCUACCUAGUUGGAACAUAUACGGAUACACUGUGCUUCAAAUAGUCUUGCUAUACUGCCGAACGACCCUUUGUCCUCCUUCCCUUCUGUUGUCUGUUUCCACGCUUUUACAAGCAUACGUCACAUUUAACUUUCAUGGGUUGGCUGUUCUUAAUAGGCACUGACCCUGCAGAUAGUGAUCUGGGAAAAAGAAAAAUACCAAGAAGUGAUUUUAAUGCUCAUGUGGCGUUUUAAGUCGCGGUUAUACCACGGGCAUACGGAUCUUUAGGUGACAUCUCAUCAGCUGAUUAGGCAUACCUUUAAUAUGACAAUGUCCGCCUCAAGAGUCUCUGCUUUUUCGCACUGCUGCUGAAAGUAUGACUACACUGCGCUCUUCGAGGAGAGCGCAUAAUGAUGCGGCCAUGCCAAUAACUUAUCUAAACUGAUAUCUGCUCCAACCACCUGCCGAGCUGCGCGGGAACACUGAAAUCAAAGCGUAGGACAGUUGACAUUCCUAUGUUAACGGCACGGGCAGGACGAUCAUCAUGUUUGACAUACAAGCCCUGCAACUUGACAGAGUGCGACGCAUAGGCUACAUGAACAAUGUAUUGUGCUUUUUGAACACUGGGUGACGCAGCCUUCGAAGCUCUUCUUGCGUCAAAGAAGCAAGCUCUAGUUAUUACAGCAGUGAGCAACAAUGAUUUUUAUUCAUGUUUACCACUCAUUCAUGGCCGCAUAUGCUCAACACAUCAACAACAUUCUUAAUCAAGUGCACAGAAGGCAAUACCUUUCUCUUGGCAAGUCAUGUUGAAGACAGAAAAAAAGACAUCUACUUUAGUCGAAGCAUCUCAACCGGUCAAGUUUCAAAUUCCACUUUACUGCAGUGAAUGACAGUUCUCAUAGCACCAAGUAGAUGAAGGUAGCACAACCAUGCAACAAGUAGCAAAUAGGCCCAGUAAACAGGAGAUUUGGAAGCCACUUCUCUAGUAGGUCCAGUAUUCCUUUCCUCACUGACCAGCAUAGCUUCUAAUGCAUUAAAGGGAAGAUGGCAAGAUAUAUUGAAGAAACUAAAUAACAAGCAUUACAUGACCUUCCUGCUUUGGGGUGUUGUACAAAAUCUCUCUAAAAUACUGCUCACUCUAUAGCACACAAUGCUAUUUCAACCCCACAGGACUCGUGUGUGUGUGCUCUCACAGCUCGGUCUUGUGCGUAAAUGUUCUGUCUCCGGUAUGUAAAUAAGACACGUAUAUUUUCAUGCGUUGAUUGUGCUUGGUGUUCGUGGUGUAGAUGCCCGGAGGCAAAGCAUUCGGCAUGGCUGAGCAUUGCAUGUUAAUGUCAUUUCCCAUCACCAACAUGAAUUUUUGGCCACAUUGUUCGUGAAGGUUCUGAUGUAAUUACCAAAGAGAAAAACAAAAAAGCUACCCCAAUGGUGUCCCUCUGCAUCUGUCCUGGUACGUGGUGCAAAGUUGUUGAGUAGUGCUUAGUUGGUUCCCGUGCCAUGUUUUGUGACUGUUGCUGUAACGUAUAGUUUGCAUAAUUACAACAUUGUCUUUGCACAGAAACAAAGAACCAGAAAAAAGAAAGGAAAUCAAAGGAUCACGCACACCUUUGACAUUUGCUGCACAUGUGUGUAUACGCACAUCCGUACAUAUCCUGCUGUACAUGGUUAGUGUAUUAAAAGAAAUGAUUGCAUAUUAUUUAGGACAGA